AUGGCCCAUACUGGCCCAUACUCAUCUCCGCGGCCUGUUCAACGCUCUAGCACAUGUCAGCGCUACACUCACCACUGUACCGCCAGCACGGAAGGAAAUUUGGGAGCUACGGAUUGCUUCAGCCACCGGCCGUUGGAGCGGCUCUUCAUCUCAAACUUGAGCAAAUGGAACAACCCCCGUUUUAUAUUCUUUACAUUCCAAGACACGUCAACCCCGGCCGAUCUGGCCUUACUGGAACGUCUAGCGCAAUCGCACGGGUAUUCGGAAUACACCGGAACAUUGGAUUCACUCGCCGCGAUGAUCAAAGAGACGGAUGAGCAGUUCUGGUCAGCGUUUCACCAGGUCUUAACAACCCCUCCUACCGCACAGCUUGCCGAGCUCGAUGGAGCUCUGACUCGGUCUCUGGACAUGAUGGGCUCCAAUCUGGUCGGCUACCUAUCCGAUGAAGAAUCACUGCAUCAUGCGGUCUCGACCCUACUCCACAGUCCCUUAUUCCUCAAUCACAGUCAACGGUCUACCAAUUCAAUUAUCCUCAUUCUAAUCGACCCAUCAACACCUCUCCCGUUGAUCUUCGUCGCAUGUCUCGUCCUUCUGCUCAACGGCUUCAAAACUGCCAACUUUUUUCGCACCCUACGCACCAUCGACCUUUCUGCCCUCAACCUCACCAACUCAUCAUCUCCAAUCAGUCACCCCAACCCAUCCGCCGAGCUUUCCCAGCUGAUCCCCGUCUUACUUGCUAUCGGUACCCGAGUCGGAUUGGUCCCUUCGUCAUUCGCCUACCCUCUCUCCAACACGUUUCAAUCAAAUGAGUACCGUACGGAUAUCCCCUCAGACUGCUCAUCUCCCGGCUCGGCCAAUGAGAGGUGUGCAGAACGCAAAUUAGGACCCCUCCUGUCUGGAUUACUUUACGAGUUAUGUCGGGUACAGAAGCUAGAAUAUGAAACUUUGAGCUUGUUUUCGGAACAGUUGAUCGAUAACCUAUUCCAAUUAGUCGAAUUGACUCGAGACCAGGAGGAUGAGACGUUUAAUUACAACCUCAUCAAGCUCAUUAUUGCUCUCAAUGAACAAUUCAUGCUAGCAGGCUUACACCAUGAGUCGCAGAAACCGAUUGACAAUCCCCCCCGGCAUCACCGACGCAGAAGCCAUCAUGCUUCAGAUGGAGAAAGUAAUAUUAUCAUUCGGACAAUGAAGCACCGUCUAGACGAGAGCAAAACCUUUGGCGAGAACCUAAUCUUCAUCCUCAACAGAGCAUCCCAUUCGAGCUCCGAGGGCUUAUGUGUAUCCUUACUAAUCCUCAAGAUUCUUUACUUACUGUUUACCACCCCGGGAACUCAUGAGUAUUUUUAUACAAAUGACCUGUGCGUCUUGGUCGACAUCUUCAUCCGGGAACUAUCAGAUCUUCCUGACGAAAGUAACGAUCUUCGUCACACUUACCUCAGAGUACUCCAUCCGCUUCUCACGCACACUCAACUGCGUAGUCAUCCUUACAAGCGAGAAGAAAUCCGACACGUGCUCCUGUCGCAUACCAAAUAUGCGCAUUUGCAUGAUGUUAACCCAACCACUAGGAGGCUGGUAGAGAGGAAUCUACAGUCUGAUUGGUGUCUUGAGCUCGAAAGAGCAACUAGCUCUCUGAACAGACCCGGGUUGACGAAGCUCAGCUGCGCGCCCAUGCGAUCACUUAGCGUGGAUACCCUUGGUAGUCAAUUAAGUGGUGGUGGAAGUAUUGCAGAGGUGAUCACAUCGAACACAGACAGUGCACCAAUUGCUAGACCCGGUCCUUCGAUACCCUUGCGGGCAUCUCAUCAGCCUUCUCCCACAUCACCAUCGGCAAACCCUCAGUCCCAUAGAACCAUUAUACCAGAUCCUCACGCUAGUCCACCGGGCCUCCGUUCGCCGGUUAUAAUUGAUGGCCUCUCCCAGGCGUUUGUGCAGGUGGUCAUCGCGGACUCCAAUGAAACUUCUGAGCAAUCGCAAGUCACCCAGAUCACCCACCCUACCGCAUCAUCAACGACGUCACUGCCGGAUGGGAUUGAUAGACCAGCCUCCAUAAAUAGUGCUCGCUCGAAUAGUCCAAACUCCGACAGCUCUCGCAGACCGGGCUCUUCGUGUUCUAUGUCACAUUCUCCUGCUCGACGGCCUGCACCCAAACCUCCGACUUCGAAGCGAAAAGUACAGCUUGGUAUUCACUUAUCACCGGACCCAAAUUCGGUUGGACCGAGUUCUACCGGGAUCCCCGCAGCCAGACAUUCAGAUAGCGUCCAAUAUAAUAUACCAGCUGGGCUAACGGCGACGGAUGAGGUCAAAAUGGGGACACAACGGCGGGCAUCGGGGCCCACUCCAGGCUCGCUGAGCCCCUCCAUGACAUCUCACCGGCCCAAUCUCCGUCCACUUGACAAGCCCCCCCGCCGAGCCGCGCCCUCCCCGCCUCUGCAAGCCAGCGUGGGCCGCGUUGACGAAGCCACACUUCCAAGUACUAGGAGAAGGAAAGCGCCUCUGCCACCUACAGAGCCUUUCAGCAAACUCAGAACUACUAAGAGCAGCAGUCACCUUCCUAUGCAUCCCUCCACUCAGCUUCCCCACCCACCCUCUUGGAAACCUGGACACGGUCGCGUCGUCUCCCUCUCGGAUAAGAAUAACCCCCUACUCGCUCCUCAUCCUCAAGUUGAUAAAGGUGAUAAUAAUCCGUUCGGAGAAUAA